AUGCAAGUCCACUACGAAUACCGGCACCCAGCAACUGGCGUACCACCCAUUGACCCCAGCCUGGACCACACCACCGCGGCUUCCCGGAAUGGCCACGCGCCCAUGUCGUCGCUCCCUCAUCAGUCGGCCGCGAACCACCUCCUCCAGCCCGACAAUGCACCGCUCACCCACGCCCAUCUUGCCCACGGCUUCUAUGGCGACAUGUCACGCCCCUCGCACACUCCGCCGCCGACGUCCUCCCCACGCUUUUCCGCCCUAUCGCCCACCAGCCAGCCCAAGCAGCUGGCCGCCCACUACGUGCCCGACGACCGCACCCCUCCGCCCCGCGACGUGUCCGACGACACCAUCGACGACGCCUAUGCUGCCUUCAUCCUCUACUGCAACCCCAACUUUGCAGCCUCGACCGACACCACGGAGCUGGUGAAGCUCUUUCGUACGCCGCCCAAGAGCGACGGCAAUGCCUUCAGUAGCUGGACCCUGUUCGAGCUCAUACAAAUCAAGACAUGGACGCAGCUGGCGCUGGACUUGGGCGUCGCGCCACCCGACACAGACAAAGGACAGAGCACCCAGAAAGUGCAACAGUAUUCCGUGCGACUGAAGCGCUGGAUGCGCGCCAUGCACAUUGAUGCCUUCUUCGAAUACCUCUUGGGCAAACAACAUCCAUACUAUCUCUAUAUACCCCCUCCCCACGACCCGUUUCCCAACGACGGAAGAGAUGGCGUGCCGCUAGAGGAAGAUUUGGCCAUACGCGCGCUCGAUCCCAAGUUCAAACCGAAGCGUGGUCGGCGGAAGGCAGACGAGGGGGAAGAAGACAUGGAUCUCGAUGACGGCACUCCUGCACGAAAGCGUCCUCAACUCGACACAUCUGUUCCCUUUGGUAACGCAUUGCAGCCUCAAUCAGCAUAUCCUACCAGCGCCCACCCGGACCACAUGGGCGGCUUCUUGACCCCACAGGAUCCAUGGACCGCAGCCUCUGCCAUUACUCCAUCUUCAGCCAUGACCACAGCUUCCGCUCCAAGUCGAAUGGGUCAGAAAAAUUUGACCCCGUACUCAGCCUCUCCCAUGACGGGCCAGCAGCUUCGUUGGCGCCUCAACACGCAGGAAAAUCCACAGACUCCUCAUCCCCUUUCCGCUGUUACGCCACAAUCCGCCCACCCCUUCUUUGACGAGCCUCAGUCAGCCGUAACCCCAUCUAGUGCUAAGCCGCGCGCAAGACGACGACACGGGCCUGCUGUCUCGUCAGCAUGGUCGAGCAACAAUAACUCUUCGAACGGGAAACUUCGUGGUCGACCACCUAGCAAUCGCUCGAUACGCGACGGGCCUUUCGUCACGUUUCCAGCCAACCCAGCCAAGAGAGAAGGUGCGACCAAUGACAUCAACAACCGCAACUCGGGAAAUCUGACCCCUAUCGUUGAGCGCGCUCACUCUGACCCGCCCACUAUAGAACACACAUUCCGCUUCCCUCCCACCCCUGCUUCUGCCGUAUCACCAUCUACUAUUGAGGGAUCCCUACAAAGUGCCCCUCAAAAGCAACGCCUCAGCCUUCAGGUCCCACAGAUUGUAGGAAAUCCAGUGCGCCUGGUCACACCCACCGUCUUGGUGAAUGCCUCCCCCAUCUUCGCGAGCACCAGCUCAAACAACAUCGCCGGCACCUUCGUUGCCGGCUGUGUCUCUCGAGAGCCUCAAUCGCGCAUUGGCAGCUGA